AUGGCUUCACAACAGGAUCUUCAGGAACUGCUAAGGGUCAUCACCUCUCGGAAGGGAGUGACGAUGAUGGCUGCAAUGGGCCAGGUCAAAGCACUGCAAACAGUGGAGCUUCGAAGCAUCCAGCAGAUCAGUGACGCUCCGCUCGACCUGAUAGAGCGUGGUCUAGGUGAUUCAAAGUCGGCCAAGGCUUUACAGACCGCAUGCAAGAUCCACCUGAAGAGGGCAAAUACCAAAAGAUCCGGGGAUCAUCUUACCUCUCCAAGUGGGAAGCGUCCCAAGAAUUAUCAUCCCAGCGACAACUCCGAAGGCCCUGCUCAAAGUGCAGAGGACAUGGAGGCUGCCCUGAGUCUUCCUGUAGUUACGGACGAGAAGGAGAUCGCCGAAGCGUCCAUAUACACCAAUCGGGCGCCACUGAUGUUGGCCUUCGUGUUGGAACUUCUCAGGCACACAAUGCCAAUGCAGCCCAUGUCGAGUCGUCUAAGCUUGGCCCAGGCUGUUGUAAGCGCCAACUCAAAGUCAAAGGCCAUCAGCAUUGGACUGACCACGGCCGCCAACGAAGACAGCUCGUGGGGCGAAGGACAACCAAAGGUCAACAUCAUGGGCAGAGCUAUAGCUGUUCUCAAGAGGGGCGACUUCGACUUGCAAGGCAGCGCUUUGGUGGCCCCGGAAUUUCCAGGAAGGGCUUCAGGUGAUAGUCUGCAGGGCAGGAAGCCGUCAGACUCCUCGAAGCAAGACCUUAGCAGCAUUGCAUUGACGGAAAAUCCCUGGUCCGCCAGCCGUCAGGUCACUUUCAACUACGCCACUCGUCGUGCCAACCAACUUAAACCCACUCCCACCACUUCGAAUACUCUCGAAACAGCCGAUGCCAUCUUCAAGGCCAGAAAGAUACCUUUGCUUGCCUCCGGGGUAGUAGCUUUGGGUCUAGGAAUCUAUAUCAGUCUUUUGGCAUCUUCGUUCUAUUCUUCGACCUGCCAGGAGAACCCAGAGCCAGCGCCAGAUGCAGUUCCGACAGGGCGACCUCACAUCUUCACCAAAGAUUCUGCCAAAAGAUUUGACCAAAGUCUCGAGGGCUCAGAAUGGCUAAUGGGUAUCACUUCUCUGCGGAAAAGGCUUGCUGCAGAGGCUUCUGGACAUGUGCUUGAAGUCGCCAUGGGCACCGGCCGUAACCUUCCCUUCUACGACUGGAAUCAAAUUAUCAGCUCUCGAAACUCAGCAACUCAGGCGCUUGCGGCACCAAAGGCUAAUGCACAACCAUCCAAGCCCGACGCGGUACCGAUGAUCUCCUAUACGGGAAUCGACAUUUCUGAUGAAAUGCUCGGCGUUGCUAUCGAAAAGCUAGCAGAAAUUGUGCCAGAGCUGGCUGAUGUCGACCCAAUAACUGAGAAGGAAAUUGCGCCGACUCCGGCUGAGCGGAAUGAUAUUUCCUACCUUGCAGGAAGACUACGAAUACUCCGAUCAGACAUUCACGAACAUAUUCCUUCGCCCCCACAGCAAUCUUGUCCACAAGCUAAAUACGACUUCAUCUGUUCCACAUUUUCCCUCUGCAGUGUCCGCGACCCGGAACAAAUGGUUCGGGAUUUGGCUAGCAAAGUAAAGCCGAACACAGGCAAGAUCGUCCUAGUCGAGCAUGGUAGAGGAUGGUGGGGAUUUGUUAAUGGGUUACUUGAUAAGUCUGCAGCUUCUCAUUUCCAGAAAUAUGGAUGCUGGUGGAAUCGAGACAUUGCUGAGAUUGUCGAGAACGCCGCACAGUGUACACCAGGACUUCAAGUCACAAAGUAUCGGAUCCGGGUGUGUCUUAGGCAACCCCUGGUCUGUAGAUUCGUAGGCGAAGAGUCAUGA